UCCCGCUACCUUGGUGAACUCCGAGUGUGUUUGCGGGACAGGUUCUGAGUAGCAUCACAACACAAACGACCCACCUGGUAGUCAAACCCCCUUCACAGCUGAUUUCUGUUUGUUUCGCGACUCAGUUCGACGCGGACGCCAGUUGAGAUAAGAUUGCCGCGCUUGCGUAGGACCGCGGUUGAACCGAGAGUUUGCCCGCGCGCGUUUGUAUAAUCUUGAUCGCGAGACAUUGGCAUUGCUGACCCGAUUGUGGUACCUCCUUAUGCCGACCGGAGGCGUGAGAUGUGUGCGAAUACCGAAUGACGUGCAACAUAUCAGUUGCCGUUUGUAAACAAUCACGCAUGUUGUUCGUUUCCGAUAUCGAUAGUAGUUGCACUAUCAAUUGGAAGGGUUGAUCAAAAGAUUCCCCCUCAUCAGUCGAUUGUUGGCGUCUAGGAGUGCGCAUGGGAAUCUUUCCUGAUAUGGUUCAAACUGGGUGAUUCAUUUAAGUACAUCCCAGAUGGGUUUAAUUCGACGGUGAUUCAUUGUGGUACAUAAUUUUGGCAGUUUCAUUCGAUUAGAAAGCACUUUUUUAUCAUCGUUAUGGAAGUCCUAUCGCUGAGUAUCACACAGUAAUUCACAGCGUCGCUAGAUAAGCUUUGAGAGUGUAUCGCGUAAAGAGAGCUUCUUGCCAAACAAAGGAUAGUUCGUCAUUAUCCAGCAAUCGAUGCCCGGUUCAAAUGUGAAUCGACCAUGGACAGUGAAGGUAGCAGCAAAACCAGGUCCACCGCGAGCCUAAACUGUAGUGACGAAGAUACACCUCUGCUGGCGCGAUCGAACAGUGGUUCCAGUUCAGCGACUAGCGGUACAGCGGAGCCUGGCAAAAAGCGACAAUGCCUUUCGUUGGAGCCCGUUGCCGUUGCGCUUUGUUUCGGGUGGAGCAUGUCAGGUAUCGUUCUGUCCAAUCAGAUCAUCCAUCAGACAUGUUUGUACAUGGGAUACAAUGCUAGUUUGUGUGCAACGUUGGGCGCCAAUACCAAUUCCAGCCACGCGAGAGAACUGGAAGCUCUUGUGCAACCAACGGUGGCGAAAAUUACCAUGGCCAGUAGCAUUAUCACCUCGGUGAUUCCGGCGCUUUGUGGACUGUUCUUGGGACCUUGGUCGGACAAAUUUGGAAGGAAACCAGUGAUGAUAAUGCCAUGCGUGGGUUACGUCGUUUCCUUCAUCACCAAAGCCAUCAUUUGUCAGGUAUCCACCCGGACGCCUCUCAACCCGUGGCUUUACGUAUUCGCCGACAUCCCGGCUGCACUAUCAGGUGGCACCACGGUCUUCUGUGCCGGUAUGUUCAGCUACCUGGCAGACGUAAGUAAUGAGGAAAACCGUGCCGUCCGUAUGGGUAUGCUACAGGGUUCUUCCCUAGGAGGUGCCUUCAUGGGGAUGCUGUCCAGCAGCUUCAUCCUCCAGUGGACCAGUACCUCUACGGUGUUCGUGAUCUCAGCCAGCAUGAUGCUGUUCGGCAUGGCCUACGUGCUGAUCUUGAUCGAGGACAGUGUAGAUCGAUCGCCGGCUAACGUCUCGAUGGGUCGUUGCCGCAAACUUCGGGAGAUAUUCCGGUUGGAUCUGGUCAUGGAUAUCUUCAACACAUUUUUCAAGGCGAGGUCCGGGAACGACAGGGGGAUAAUCUGGUUGACCGUGGUUAUCGGAGCGUUCUCCGUACUUGGAUCCGGUGGAAGCAACAUAUUCUACUUGUUCACGCGAAACAAGUUCAACUGGAGUCUGGAACAGUAUACGAUUUGGCAGUCGGCGGAUCUUUUCUCGAUCAUCGUGGGGAACUUUUUGGGGAUCUUGAUCCUGAAGAAAGUGUUCAAACUGCCGGAUAUUGCAAUUGCUUUCGUUUCGGUACUGUGCUUUUCUGGCGACAGCUUCAUCAAGGGACUGGCGAGCCAUGGAUGGCAGUUGUACUUGGCUACAGGGCUGACACCGCUCAAAGGAACCGAGGGAGCCGCUUUGAUGGCAUUGUCGUCCAAAAUACUGCCCUCGCAAGAUAUUGCCAAGGUUUACUCGAUGGCUAUGUCGUUGACGGCUACGGUUCCGUUGGCCGCUGCACCACUUUUCACUUACAUCUACAGCCAAACGUUGACGACAGCGCCGGAAGCAUUCAACUUUGUAGCAUCCGGAAUCUUUGCAGUGAACAUCCUGUUUGUGGGAAUCAUUCAUGUUUUGUUGAAAAAUCGACAAAACCACCAAAGGCUUUACGCAGCAGAGGAUGGUGAAAACGAAGUACUAGCAUAAAUGCUUUCAUCUGUGAUCAGUUUACUUAAGUAGUAUUAUUUAUAUUAAAUACACUAUUUACGCAUAUGUCAAUAAAGGUUGUAUAUGUAGAGUGUUCAAUAUUGUGUUGUUCCUUGCUGAGUAUUGUGUUGUUCUUUACAGAGAAGAACAUUAAUCAAGGCAAUUAGAUGAUCGGCAUUGAACCACAAAAUCCCCACAACAACUGGUGAGAUUUUUCCAAUAUUAUUCAUUUAUAAACAAUUCUACUGCAGUAUAUUUACUUUAAUAAUUUAUAUAAGUUGAAAAUUCGCUAUUUUCAACAUCCUUUCAUCUAUUGGAAGAUGCUUCAGUUCUGGGCUCUUUCUAAGUUGAUGAAGGGAUUUAUAAAUGCUUGCAAGGACUUGGCCAGGUGUGUGGAGCUGAGUGAAUCUAUGACAUUGUAGAUAGUAGCGACAUCAGCAAUGUCAAUGGAAAUAUUCAACUUUGCAACUCCAUCCAAGAUUUGUGCAAGUAUUCAUGCUAUGCUAUGCUAUGCUAUGCUAUG